GCCAAAAUCAAUAUUGACAUGAAAUUCGAAAUAUUAAUAUUCAGUAUCUAAAUUUCUGUGAAACGUGAAAGUUGUUUUGAUUUUCUUACUAUAACGCAAAUUUUAUUUCAUAUUAAACAAUAUUUUUAAACCAAACGGACUUUAAUAUUAUUAACAAAAGAAAAUGGCACCAACGAAGCAAGAAAAACGAAAAGGAAAUUCAGCAAAAACGAGUUCAAAAUGCUGUUCUUCAAAUAAAACUGCUCCAAAGAAACAACAAAAAAGAAAAGGAACUACUAAAAGUCGAACUAGCAAAUGCUGUCCUUCGUCAUCAUCAUCAGAAUCUGAUUCUUCGAUGUACACUUCCUGUUCGAGUUGCUAUUCCGAUUCAUCAUCAUGUUCUUGUUCUGACUCAUCAUGUUCCUGCUUCUCAGACAGUUCAAGUUAUUCUAGUGAUGAUUGCGCUCCAUGUGCGGCUAAACGAAAAACACCAGCCAAAAAGAAAAUUGCUCCGAAAACAAAGAAAACAACUAAAACUGCUAAGAAGAAAGAGCCAACACGUCGUACAUAUUCAUUUUCAUCGGAUAGUUCUGACUGCUAUGGAGGAACUUGCAGUCGUGUUCCAUCGAAAAUAGUUUGCAAUCGCGGUCGCAAAUCUAAGGCGUAAUCCAAGCUCCAAAGAAUCAGUUCCUUCUUUUGCAAAUCAGAAAGUCAAAACUCUUUUUUAUCAAUAUUCUGUACUUUUUGUUUUUUUGUACAAUUUAUAGAGUCACAGGCUGGUCCUGGAAAUUUUGUAUUUUUUAACAUACGUUUGUUCGCAAUGGGCAGAAUUUUAUAAUUGUUUAAUUGAAGUAAAUUGUGUAUAUCUGUUACAAAUCAUUUGUUGACAAACAUGUAACGAUAUUUAUUGUAUGUCUCGUUUUGCGUUUUGUAAAUAUUUAUCAUUAUUUUAAUACCAACAGUAUUUUAUUCUGAAAUGGAGAAAGAAUUAUUUAAAACUGUAAUAAUAAAAAUAUAACAAUGCUACUAGUAAAAUAUUAUAAUUAAUUUAAACAUAGAUUGUAAAUAAAUAUAUGAAAUAAAAAAUACUCUUUUUCUUA